AUGGCUCAUAUAACUCAUUCACUAGGACAUGACUAUGAGGCCUUACACUCAUCGCCCACCCGGCUUAUCCGAAGAGCGAUAAGUUGUUCAUCGCGUCGCCUCAUCCUCUGUUGCGGCGUUUCGGGCCUAUUGCUGUUCUCGACGUUAUUUCUCUUCAAGAGACCACCGAGCUUUGAGGAUGUACGCUCCUACGAGCGAAGAUUGCCACAACACAACCUCACUGAGGCACUUCACGACACUGACCUUCAACCACCAGGACGUCGGAAAUACCUGCGAAUAGAGGGGGGAGCGGACACUUGGGAGGGAGGUCUGAAUAAUGUGAUUCAAGAACUGACCCACACGACAUACCUCGCUCACCGUGCAAAACGUGCCUUCGUCUUCUCCGACUUCGUAUGGACCAACUCACGCGUACCAUAUAAGAUCUACGAUCGUUCCCUAAAACCGACCAAAGUUCCGUUAAACGCGUUCAUUUCGGGCGCCUCAGCUGGAGGAGCUGUCUCCGACGAUGCGUCAAUCACCAUGCGUUCUAUCAGCCUAGAAUUCUUUGAUCUCGUCUGCCCGAUGAACGCCAGAGUGAGGCUUACUGCCCGAGGUGCCCCGAUAAAUGGAGAGGAUGGAAUGAUACUCAUCGAGUGGUGGCUGAAGCGGUUAAAGGACGUGGAGAAUGAACCAUGUGUGGUGUUGGAUUUCAGCCACAACCAUGUCUUCGAUUGGGACUACUUUGGAUCCAGACAGCCGCUUACAGUAUUUCCGCACCUCAAAACUUCACCUACCUUGACUCAUUUCUCUUGGUCUCCCCUCGUCCUCUCCGCUGUCGCCCGAAACUUCGCUGUCCUCAGGCCGUCAGAUCAUAGAGCUGUCGUCAGCUCUCAGGCUCAUUCAGGUAUAGGAGGUCUCGUAGCCAUCCAUCUGAGACGCGGCGACUUCCGUGGCCACUGUCGUUACCUCGGUAGCACCCGUGCUUCUUAUUUAGGCUUGAAUCAACAUGAAAACCUUCCAGACAAACUCCACAUCGACCACAGAUUCUCGGAUGAGUUCAUCCGUACUCAACACAGACGGCAUUGCUUCCCAGAAAUUAAUGACAUCGUAGAAAAACUGCGACAGAUUCGAUUUGAGUCGCGGGUGACACCCUUAAAGCGUGUUUACGUUCUGUCGAAUGGAUGGCCACGCUGGCUGUCCAAGUUGGGUGAAGAACUUCGAAGAGAUGGGUGGGAGGAUGUUAUUAAUCCUGCUGAUAUCAAAUUGGAUUCAAAGCAGGAUCAGGUGUCUGUUGCUGUAGAUAUGGCUAUCGCAGAACGGGCGGAGGUUUUUGUUGGGAAUGGGUUUUCGUCGGUGUCGGCCAAUAUUAUAAUGCUCCGCCUUGCAAAAGGCAUGUCGUACGAGUCGAAUAGGUUCUUUUGA